AUGGAGAUAGCAAUCCGCCGACAAACCUUUUGUGGCAAGUCUCAUUUGCAUUACAUAAAGACACAGCGCUCCAGUCUCUCCAAGUUGGACAGUGAGGAACAACUUCAGGUGUCACUGCCCAGUUCUCAAGCUCCACGAUCCAUUCAGCUACUGCAUAAGAGUGCAAUGCUCGAGCUGUUCCAGGAGCAACAGCGUCGAUCCUCAAUCCCGACGCUGCGUCGCUCGAAUACCCACCGACCGAGUACGUGUGUCUUGGUCGGGCGUAAUCUUGACUCAGAGACAGAAGAAUACGAACCAAAGCAAGUGGAUAUACCUAUCAUAUGUUUGUCCGCUCCCAGCAAUGUCAUGGCCGACGGCUUCGACACAAUUGGACAGCGCGAGUGCCAGAUCUGCUUCGAUAAGUUGGACGCGUCUCAGGCUCAUGCGUGUGUUUCUUGUUGUGGAUCUUUCUGUGCCAGCUGUACGCGCUGGUAUAUUGAGUAUAAGGUGCUGGAAGGCGAAGUAUCGCAGAAGAAGAUGGUGUGUCCGGCGCCGCGGUGCAAAAACCCAUUGUCCGAGGAGCUUGUUCAAGCCUUGGUGUCCCCUGAAAUAUUCGGCAAGUACAAAACAUUUCUCAAAAACCAGAGGGUUGGCAUCCGCUUUUGUCCGCGUGCAGGUUGUUGCGCUAUCUUGGAUGAGCCACUCAAUUCGUCGACGCGUAGGGUCAAAUGCCAGACAUGCAAACAAGAGUCGUGCAUGCGAUGCGGUGACGACUUUCACAAGAUACCGACUUGCCGUCACGUAGAGAAGCGUUUUGGCCAUUGGAAGAAGCGGCACAACGUGCGAGGGUGCCCCAGUUGCAAAACUGUCAUCGAAAAGCAAGGCGGCUGCUCGCACAUGAAGUGCUUUCAGUGCGACGAAGAGUUCUGCUGGUCUUGUCUUCGCCCGUGGCAUAACCACGAUGAAACUCUGUGUCUGCUGCUGAGCUUCUUGCGCUCCAAAAGCCUAAAGUAUGGCUGUUGGGCACCAAUGCGUGUCGUCACAAAGACAGCGAUUGUUGGUGUCGCAGCUGUAGCGGCAGUCGCCGGUGUUGGACUUGCAGUUGUUGUUCUACCACCUGUGCUAGGGUUCCAGUACGCAAAGGACUCCUAUCGGCGUCGCAAGUACACACGUUCGUCUUACAUCUGUGUGGCGGAAUGGGAUACGUAUCUGCACUAA